AUGGCUUCUGAAUACAGAAUUCACAAGCCUUAUGUGCUGGCGGCUCUGCCUCGGCCUCUUGACCAUACUGAAGGCCGCAUUGUCGCGCGAGAGGUCUACGGCUUGCGCGACGGCCAAAAGAAGAGGAAGAGGACGGAACUGGUCGUCGGUGUGGAUGGAGAGACUGCUAGCAUCUACGAUGUACCUGCAUCAAGGCUGAUCACCUCGUAUCCCAUCCCGCCGCAAGAGUCUUUCACCUGCCCCCCUUACUCGAUUAGAAUUCGGCGCGCUGGCAGCAGCGAUGUUUCUAGAUAUACCUAUAUCUCUACUCGCGAUUCGACAGGCCAGAAGAUCUCUCUCUUCAAGGAUGUUGUGCACCAGGACGGCAAAACAACUUCCACCUCGACCGCUUCUCAGAUCCUCAAAGUCUCGCCCAUCCGAUACAUAACCUGUUCCUCGAAUGCGUCAGAAACUUCAAAUGUGGGGGAUAUCAUCGCGGUCUGCCAGAAUGGAGAAUUUGCUUCGCUUUCAGGGGAGACUCUCGCGGUUCAAUGGACAGCUUCGUCGAAGUCCGCUGUUCAGGACGUUGUCGCAACACAGAUCGAGGGUUUCGAAGUGGAACAUGUGACCUCGGGAACCCUGGCCGAGUUCAGCGAGGGUAUUUUCAAGGACAAGCCAGAGAUCUUCAGUGCUCUGCCCAAAACUCCCGUCUCUGAGCCUGAGCUGAUUGCGCUGGUGUCGAGGUCUGUCAGCCAAGGUCAGGAGAGCCGACACUCGGUUAUCCUGGCUGCUGCUUCGGGUGUUUCUUCCGCUUCAUCUGACAUUCAGAAGUUGGCGCCCCUUGAAAUUGCCCCUAUUGGUGCUCCCACAACCCAGGGUGCCGAAUCAUCCACCUACCAAGUUGACAUCCAAGCUGCCCUCCUGCUGCAGUUGCAGCAAGGCUCUCUCAAGGUCUACGACCUCACCACACCCGUCCCAAAGCUCAAGUCUACGGUGCACAUGGAGAACGCCGUGUCCUUUUCUCGCUUGUCCCGGCCCUUCGUUCUGUCAUGCUCACUUGAAUCCAUUGGCCUCUACAACCACCAAUACCGAUCGAUCCAUGCGAAUGCGCCCCUUGAUCUGUCUGAACUCCCCGCUGAGUGCCAAAAGCCCAAGACAUGUCAAUUGAUCAGCUAUCUGCGAAGCCAAGAUCUUGUUGUCGCCCUGGUAGACAAUGUCCUUGUCUCCAUCCAAGUCGAACCGCCUAAGAGCCACGGGAAGCGACGGAAACAGGGUCUCUUGAUCGACUCCAUCGGUCGAGGAACUACCGUCGAUAUCACCGCGAAGAGAGCAAAGUCUGAGAAGCUGGCUCUCGAGUUCUCCAAGCAGGUUCCUGGAACGAUGACGGAGGAGUAUUUGGCCAAGCUUCACGCUGAGCUCGAUGCAGCAGAUGGACUUCUCGCAAAGGACGAUCUCAGUGGAUGGGAAACCCUGUUGCGCAAACAAUUCUGUAUGGGUGUUCGAUCUAAUCCUAAUGGCGACGGCAAGGCAGUGAACGGACAGGAGGACAAAGACUCGCAGGAAGUACCCGAGUGGGAAUGGCUCUCAGGGCCGUCGUCAUAUGCCGUCGUCGACCGUCGUUGGGUGCUCUACGCGAUUGGACGAUGCUUUUCUAUCACCAUGACUACAGACGAGGAACCUCGGCCAAAGCUACGCCUCAACUUGCCUGACAGCAACGUCACGUCCUACCUAGUCGUUGCCGGACACCUGACUCUGUCGAACUUGAAGGCAGCAUUCCGAGAUGAGUUCGACGCGGAGGCAUUGGAUAGCAAGAAUCUCGCUAAUGACGUGCUUUCGAGCCUGGCCGACGCCGACCCGUCAAUGACGCUCGUCCUGAAUUAUCUCCAGGCCACUCAACUUGGCGAGCUAGAGCUUCUCGUAGCCAUCCGAGCCCUCAUGCUGAAUCUGGAUCUGAUCUCCGACCCUAAGAAGCCGGCCGGGGCUAAGCUCUUGAAGAAUGAAGCACAUGAUGGUGCCGAGAACUACGAGAUGGACCUCGACGACCUGGAGCGGGACAUUGCGAUCACGGAAUACUACCUCGGAGACGACAGCAGCAGUCGCUCACGGGGACUCACAUUAGCCUUUGCCAAGCUUUGGCGCCUCCCGGCAAUCACGACUGUGAAGGCUCUGCGGGCAACGUUCAAGACGGAGGAGAUCCUAUCACUCAUCUACACACUCAGGGUGGAACUUGUCCGAGGAGCGUGGACAUCGCUGUAUAUCGACCCAACCAGCUUUGAUUCCGAGGGUAACGACCCGCCCCCGGACGGUGUGAUCACAUUGAUCUCGGAUCUCCUCGGUCGAUGCCUCGAUGCCGUCGGCGCCGGAGGAUGGCUGCUGAACGACGCCAUCUCAACCGAUAAGUCCGAGACCGGCGACUUGUUGACGGCGCUGAAGCUUGAGGUCACUGCGGCGCUCGAGGGUCUAGAGGAGGCAGUGUAUCUGAACGGUGUUGUUGGCGAGGCAGUCCGAUUCGGGCUGGCGGCACAAAAGAGUGGUGCAGCCCGACAGACGUGGAACGCAAACAAGCCGAUCCCGAUGCAUUUGGAGGGCCGGGAGUCUCGAUUGCUGCCGUUGGGGCUCAAGACGAAGCAGCUCCCUACCAAGGACAAGGUGGUGUCAGGCGGCGAGGUGGUGCAGCGCAGCAUGCGAGAGACGGGCCACCUGAUCAGCCAGAAGGUGGAGGCAUACUCGCUAGAGAAGCUGACGAUCUAA